GAGAUGUUCCUAUGCCAGAGGUGGAGAUGAAGGAGACAGAGGUUCCUGAUGCUCACUUCACGGUGGACAAACAGAACAUCUCUCUCUGGCCUCGAGAGCCUCCUCCCAAGCAGGACCUGACUCCAGUUCUAAGGAAACCUCACUGUAUCUGUGCGGCCUUCAUCUGUCUGGCGUUGGUGCUGGUCACCUCUAUUGUGCUUCAGGCUGUUUUCUAUCCUAGGUUGAUGGGCAAAAUAUUGGAUGUGAAGAGUGAUGCCCAAAUGUUGAGAGGUCGUGUGGACAACAUCAGCACCCUGGGUUCCGAUCUUAAGAGAGAAAGAGGUCGUGUGGAUGACGCUGAGGUCCAGAUGCGGAUAGUGAACACCAGCCUCGGCAGGGUGCGUUCUAAGAUCCUGUCUUUGGAAGCCAGCAUGAAGAUAGUCAGCAAUCAGCUCCAGGUAUUAACAAUGAACUGGGGAGAGGUCGACAACCUCAAUGCCAAAAUCCCAGAGCUGCAAAAAGAUCUGGAUAAAGCCAGCGCCUUGAACACAAAGGUCCAGGGACUGCAGAACAGCUUGGAGAAUAUCAACAAGCUGCUCAAAGAACAGAGUGACAUUCUGGAGAUGAUGUCUCGAGGCUGGAAGUACUUCAUGGGGAACUUCUACUACUUUUCCCGCACCCCAAAGACCUGGUAUAGUGCGGAGCAGUACUGUAUUUCUAGGAAAGCUCAUCUGACCUCAGUGUCCUCAGAAUCAGAACACGAGUUUCUCUACAAGGUAGCAGAUGGAAUUCCACACUGGAUUGGACUUACCAAGGCAGGAAGUGAAGGGGACUGGUACUGGGUGGACCAGACAUCAUUCAACAAGGAGCAAAGUAGGAGGUUCUGGAUCCCAGGUGAACCCAACAAUGUUAGGAACAAUGAACACUGUGCCAACAUCAGGGUGUCUGCCCUCAAGUGCUGGAAUGAUUCUCCCUGUGACAAUGUAUAUUCUUUCAUCUGCAAGAUGCCCUACAUCCGAAUGAUCACAUGACAGGCCUGACCUGAACUCAGCAUUGCUGGGACAGCAGUGAUACAGCUUGCCCAGAUGUCUCUCCCCCUGAUGCUCCAAGAUUGCUCUGCACCAAAUGGUUUUCUUGCCCCAAAAUUGUCCCAAACAUACGCUGGGGUCCUUCUGUCUUUGCUGGCAAUUCUCGGCUCCUGGAGCCCUUGGAGGAGCUUGGGUUAAAUGGAUGAGGACCUGGAGAGGAUGUAGAAGUCCUCGCUUCCCAGGUGAGGCAGAUCAGUACCCCAAACAUUUUGUUUAGACUUUCCUGAUCCUUCUAAGAAGCCUAGGCUGACCAUAUAAGAGCUACAUUCAAAUAUGACCAGUAUUUGAGGAGGCAGACAUGCCCAACCUAACUAUAAUACAAUUUAUACCUGUAUUAGAACACCAUGUGGUACUCUCAAAAUAUGUCAAUAUGUUGUUUUCUUGAGCCUACUGCAAAUAAAUGUAAAGACUUACU